AUGAGGCAUUCUUACGGAGACGAUGAGGAAAAUUUUCAACCUGCGCCGGUGGCACAACCUGAUGUCCCAGAAGUCACUGAUGAAGACAUUGAGCCGAAACCACCCGCAACACCAACCAACCCCUCGUGGCUCUUCCGAUCCUUGUCACAAAGCACCGAACAGAACCUCAUCGCGGAGAUGGACGGGUCUCAGGGCCAAGCUGGGCAGCCUAUGGCUGCGCCGCAGCAACCACAACAUCAGAAUCUCAUCCGGACCGACCAAGUGCAGAAGUUGCCACACCUUAGCGACCAGCAAAAGGUCCAGCAUACCCAGCUGGUGCGUAGCCUCUGGGAGAUGCUGAACACGCGCGACUCGCAGUCCCAUGAAUAUCAACAGGCGCAUACCAAGCUUUCCCAGUUGUCUCAGAACCUGAUGAAGGGGAUGCGGAUAUUCCAGCAGAACCGCCAGCAGGCAAUGCAGCAGCAUCAGCAAGCCCAGGUGGCAGCUGGCGUGCAGCAGGGACAACCAGGACAACCGGGACAGGGACAACCUGUGCAGGGACAACCGGGACAGCAAGUUCAACAGCCUCAGGCCCAAAUACAAGGACCACCGGUCCAGCGAACGCAAUCCAACAACCCGCAGGCAAUCAACCAGCUGAUCCCACAGAUCCAAGCCCGGGUCAGUGCACUCAAUUUUUUCUUGCCGCCAAAUGUAACCCCGGAGCAAGUUCAAACAUGGAUUCCCGAGGCUCGGUUGCGAUAUGGCAUUGCUCUGCAGAAGCAGGAGGUUGGACGUGCUCGGAUGACUGAGCUUCGUGGCACAUUUGCCCAACGGCAGUCGCAGGGAAAUAUGAGCCAGGAAGAAAUCCAGGAAUUUAAGAACAGACAGAUGGCUGCUGAAAAGCUUUUCCGCGAGGGUAGCGAGUUCCUUAACAAGUUCAAAGAACAGCAGGAAAGCUUCAAGCUUCAGUCGCAACAGAAUCCCCAAAGCCAAGCGAUGAACCAGACAGGACAAACGAAUCCACCUGCAAAUAUGAAUCAACCCCCCGUUGGAGCAGCUGCUCCUGCUGCGACUCAAACCGCACCCAAUGCUCAGGCAGGUGCAGCCGCAAACACCAUGCAAUCUGGGCAAGCACCAACCCCAGCUCCACACACUAUAAACUCUGCCGUGAACGCCGCACGCAAUCAAGCUGGCCAGGCGAUUGCACCACAACCGCAACAACAACGUCCUCAGCCGCCAUCGCAACAAGGAACGCCAGGCGCGCAAGUGACAUUCAGCCAGACCCCUAAUCCUGAUGGUUCCACCCCCACACCACCAGGACCUCCCCAACAGGUGAACCAAGGCCCACCACGUCCCCUUUCACAUCAAGCUGCGAUCUCACAAGCUGCGCAGACCUACACCAACCCUACCGCCCAACAGACAAAUACCAUAAACCAGCAAGCCCAAACCAACAACCAAGCCCACCCACAAGGCUACCUUGCCAACCGCUCGACCGAUACUUCAUCCCGCAACAUCAACAUGGCCAUCCCCAAGAACCUGAACGUCUCAACCCCAGAACCCGUCUCGAUGCCAGCCUCGCGUCCCUCUCUCUCCGGCGGCCCCAGCCACGGUGCCAUGGGCAUGAUGGGCCAGCCCGCAAUCCAGAAACACCCAGGCUACGUCCUUGAAGGCGAAGGCCAGCGCGUCCUGAGCAAGAAGAUGCUCGACAUCCUCGUUCGCCAGGUCACCGGCGGCGGCGAGGGAGAAAUGCUGACUCCCGAUGCUGAAGAGUUCAUCCUCCAAAUGGCCGACGACUUCGUCGACGAGGUCAUCACGCAAGCUUGUCGCCUCGCCAAGCUCCGCCCCUCCUCUACUCUCGAACUGCGCGACAUCCAGCUUGUCCUUGAGCGUAACUAUAACAUGCGCAUCUCGGGCUUCUCCACUGAUGAUCUUCGCACCGUCAAGAAACCCCAGCCUACCCAGGCCUGGACUCAGAAGAUGUCGGCUAUUCAGGCUGCGAAGGUCACUCAGGGUCGAAACGAGUAA